GAGCCUCCUUCGUCCCGCCUCUGAGACCGGAAGUCUUCCCCGGUCGUGGGAGCUUCCGAUGGCUCCGCGUCUGCGCCUGCGCUUCUCACUGCAAAGAUGUCUGACCAGAACCAGAUAGCUGCCACAGCUUCUCUUAUUGAGCAACUGAUGUCUAAAAGGGAUUUUGAGGAUGUUGGCAACUACCUUACUGAGCUAGAAGUGAUUUAUGUGAGUAAGGAGCAUCUCCAGGAGACAGAUGUGGUCAGGGCUGUGUACAGGGUCCUCAAAAACUGCCCCUCGAUGGCUUUGAAAAAGAAAGCCAAGUGUUUGCUGUCAAAGUGGAAAGCUCUUCACAGAGAUACAAACUCCAAACCAAGGGACAGCCCUAAAUUAUUCUCUAUGGGUGGUAAUAAAGAAGAAAAUUCGGGAAUUUCUCAUGACCCAAGUCAGGAUGAGACACCAGGUGUUUGCAGUUCUAGUUUUCUGCUAUCCCACGAUGUGGCAAAACCCACUGAAAUGAUUGUGCUUGAAAAUAGUGCUAUUCAAAUGGUACCUAAGGAAGAGCACUUGGGGGUUGGUGACCCUAAAUCUGCUGGCAAGAGAUCGAGUGAAUUGUUGGAUCCCACCAUGCCUGUGAGAACUAAAUGCACAGAACUGCUUUAUACAGCUUUAAGUAAUUCUUCCAUAGAUCAGCCAAAAGCUAGUUUGUGGCAAAACUUGGCAAGAGAAAUUGAAGAACACGUUUAUACCCUUCAUUCAAAGAACCUCAAAAAAUAUAAAACUUGUAUCAGAAGCAAAGUUGCUAAUUUGAAGAACCCCAAAAAUUCUCACUUACAACAAAACUUGCUGUCUGGGACCAUGUCUCCGAGAGAAUUUGCCAAAAUGAACGUCAUGGAGAUGGCAAGCCAAGAGCUGAAGCAGUUGAGAGCUUCCUACACGGAGUCUUGUAUCCAGGAACAUUGCCUUCCCCAAACAAUCGAUGGCACGCCAACAAAUAAAAUAAAAUGCAGGCGCUGUGAGAACUACAACUGCAAGGUCACCUUAAUCACCAGGGGAACACUUUUCCUUCCGAGUUGGGUGCGGAAUUCAAACCCAGAUGAACAAAUGAUGAACUAUGUCAUUUGUAAUGAAUGUGGCGAGCAGUGGUACCAUAGCAAGUGGGUGUGCUUGUAACCAUAAAUAAAUGGUCUCUUCUUAACAGACAACCCGAGACAUCCCUUUUAUUUGUA